CCUACUUGUCUUUUCACUCGAUCCGUCACUCGAUCCACAAGGGCAGUCGGGUAUGGCAGCAGCUCUGGCGCCGCUCGUUCGUUGACCCAUGCUCGCGUGAGUGCUUGCAAGUCAAGGGUACGAGGAUCGAUCGAUGGUGCAGAGACAGAAUUGAGGAUGUCUUGGAUGUCGUCGUCCAUGAUAUCUUGUCGCUAACACCGAUAUUGUCAUCGAUGCAUCCGAUGCUAGAAGGUUUGGAUAGAGGGGCGUUCGACGCGACGCGCCACUACAAGCGCUUCCGAAAGAACCCCCAUUAAGACGCCGUCACACGACCAUGCCUCCGCUUCUUCGGUUGCUGACUACCCACAUGGUUCCAGGCCAUUGCGAAACAUAACCUACCACCGUGUCCACACGAUCAUGAUAUUACGAUAGGACAAAGAUGGAGUUCCCAGCCCCUUCCAAAGACAACGACUACCUCGGCUUCUGCCCAUCAGCCAUAAAGCUCCAGCAUGGCGACCGCAGAGGCGCGCUCAAGAAGCGCACCGAAUAUCACGACUCAUUCUCCACUUCCGGCGUGAGCACUUACAUCUGCUCCACCAAAGGCUGCCUAUUUCAAGGCCACGUUUCUGUCGACUUUGUCUGGAAGGUCGUCAUGAAGGACGAGCAGCUGGGCUUGCAGUGCCGCUGGUCUUUCCUGGCGAAAAGUCACGUCAUGCAAGCCUCGGUCUCGGGCAAGCAGUACCACUACCAAUGUCCUAUCUGCAUUUACUCGCAAGGCCAUGCUGAGGGAAUGGUGUGGAACGGGACCAACCUAUUCCUCGAUCACGUUUCGACGCAUCGAGGGAAGGCCAUCCCAUCUGAGGUUCUGCACAAGCUCAAUGUAAUCAACGAGUACGUGGCGGAAGAGAAAGAGAACUUCGAUCUCAAUCUCUUUCCGCCUGGCUUUGACAGCAAUGCGAGCGGACAUACGAGCAGCAACAGCAGUCUCUCCCUUUCCCGCGCCCCGACGCACAGCAGUACGCAUAGCAGUUCGCAUCACCAUCAUCAUCGCGUUUGGAGCCGGAAGGAGAGCACCAUCGAUCUCCCACACACUAACCCGAGGCGAGAUACCGUUACCACGUUGCGAGACCGCGCGGACUCUGCCGUCGCCCGCCCUGGUGCGGAGAGGACAGAAAGUGAGAGUUCUGAGCCGUGGAGUACCGGACUGAGCACCUUUCACGCGGAGAAGGAUACCGAUUAUCUGACAGAGGAGUUCUGAUUUCCUUGAAUCUGCAGCACGCUGAAGGAAGCAACUAUGUGCGGGCAAGCAUAUGACGCUGUAGCUCCACUCUCACUGUAGGGAAGAGCCUUGCUUCUCCUUCGACUACGCUGGGAGUGCUCCGUAUGCGGGACUGAUUGCGAAUUCG